UCUCUCUCUACAGGCCCCCAAAGGGACGAGCGGUAGAAAAUGGAUGGAUGGAUUUGUGUUAACCAUGAUUCAAUUCAGGCCCUGCGAUGAGGUGGCGACUUGUCCAGAGUGUACCCCGCCUGAGAUAGGCGCCAGCGCCCCCCCGCGACCCCAAAAAGGGAAUAAGCGGUAGAAAAUGGAUGGAUGGAUGAUUCAAUUAAGUCUCCUUAAAACUCAUUUGUAUACUCUAGCCUUUAAAUAGACUCCCUUUUUAGACCAGUUGAUCUGCCGUUUCUUUUCUUUUUCUUCUAUGUCCCACUCUCCCUUGUGGAGGGGGUCCGGUCCGAUCCGGUGGCCAUGUACUGCUUGCCUGUGUAUCGGCUGGGGACAUCUCUGCGCUGCUGAUCCGCCUCCGCUUGGGAUGGUUUCCUGCUGGCUCCGCUGUGAACGGGACUCUCGCUGCUGUGUUGGAUCCGCUUUGGACUGGACUCUCACGAAUCCUGCGUGGGGCCCCUGGCGAUGGCCGGCUUCGCCCGGGCGCGGGCCCUCGCCACCAAAUGGAACCACGAUCCCAGACUGGCUUCCAGGCCCUUCCAUCCCGAAAGAGAGGGCUUCGUGAUGGGCGAGGGAGCGGCCGUGGUCCUGCUGGAGGAGCGGGACCACGCCGUCAACAGGGGGGCCCGGAUCUACGCCGAGGUCUUGGGGUAUGGACUGUCGGGGGACGCCAGCCACAUUACCACACCCAGCGCCGACGGAGACGGGGCAUUUAGGUAACCCCUUCAUUUCUCUCUCUACAUGCCCCCAAAGGGACGAGCGGUAGAAAAUGGAUGGAUGGAUUUGUGUUAACCAUGAUUCAAUUCAGGCCCUGCGAUGAGGUGGCGACUUGUCCAGAGUGUACCCCGCCUUCCGCCCGAUUGUAGCUGAGAUAGGCGCCAGGGCCCCCCCACGACCCCAAAAAGGGAAUAAGCGGUAGAAAAUGGAUGGAUGGAUGAUUCAAUUAAGUCUCCUUAAAACUCAUUUGUAUACUUUAGCCUUUAAAUAGACUCCCUUUUUAGACCAGUUGAUCUGCCGUUUCUUUUCUUUUUCUUCUAUGUCCCACUCUCCCUUGUGAAGGGGGUCCGGUCCGAUCCGGUGGCCAUGUACUGCUCGCCUGUGUAUCGGCUGGGGACAUCUCUGCGCUGCUGAUCCGCCUCCGCUUGGGAUGGUUUCCUGCUGGCUCCGCUGUGAACGGGACUCUCGCUGCUGUGUUGGAUCCGCUUUGGACUGGACUCUCACGAAUCCUGCGUGGGGCCCCUGGCGAUGGCCGGCUUCGCCCGGGCGCGGGCCCUCGCCACCAAAUGGAACCACGAUCCCAGACUGGCUUCCAGGCCCUUCCAUCCCGAAAGAGAGGGCUUCGUGAUGGGCGAGGGAGCGGCCGUGGUCCUGCUGGAGGAGCGGGACCACGCCGUCAACAGGGGGGCCCGGAUCUACGCCGAGGUCUUGGGGUAUGGACUGUCGGGGGACGCCAGCCACAUUACCACACCCAGCGCCGACGGAGACGGGGCAUUUAGGCCCUGCGAUGAGGUGGCGACUUGUCCAGAGUGUACCCCGCCUUCCGCCCGAUUGUAGCUGAGAUAGGCGCCAGGGCCCCCCCACGACCCCAAAAAGGGAAUAAGCGGUAGAAAAUGGAUGGAUGGAUGAUUCAAUUAAGUCUCCUUAAAACUCAUUUGUAUACUUUAGCCUUUAAAUAGACUCCCUUUUUAGACCA